AUGGCUAUGAAUGUGGGGUCUGUCUGUGCCGACAGCAUCCACAUGCUUCUCGUGGGCAGGUGCCAGGCCGGGUCUUCCCAGCAGAAAGUCAUCUCGCCUCGCUGGCACGUGGACCUCCCUCGGCAGGGCCUGGCAGGGCAGGUUCUCCUCAACCUCGCUCACCCGCCUGCAGCACGGCCUCUGCUGCCCGAGUAUGCUUUUCUGUCCCUCCAAGGUCCGGAUUAUAAGAAGGAUCAUUUGCCUAGAGUUGAGCAGCACACCUCCUACAUAGGAGACAAGCGUCCCUCGUCGGAAAAGACCGGAGACCUCAGGUACUUAUGGAGAGCUGCCUCGGACAGAAACUGGCCGGCAAGAUAUAAACACGGAUACGUUGGUGAAAUCGGCUGGAGGAUCCCAGAGGACAACUUCAUCAACAAGUCCAGACUUGAAAGCGGCUUUCACAUCAAGCACGGAGAACUAAGGCUUGAUGCUAUUGAUAAAUUAACCCACAGAUACCAAAACCCAUGGCAACUGAAUCCUUCUGUCCUGGAUCAGCAAGACAGAUACAGUCGUGCCUUCCUUGCCUGGCACAUGGGUGACUAUGAGGACACCCACCAAAGAGACUCCGAACGGGUGGCUCUCCUUAGGCAGAGCAAAUCAUCACCGAGAAAGUCCCAGGCCCCAAGGCUGCCAACGUUGCCAACAAAGAAAGAGAAUUGCUCCAACGCGCUGGAGCAACGCGCAGCCUCUGUGGCCGGGGCCCGCUCAUCAGCAGGGAGUUGUGUCCCCUGGAAGCGUUCUGUGAGAAGGCCCGUGCGGCGCUCUGUGGCCGGUCCUGCGGCCGCCACACUGUGUUGA